UAAGUCUGUUUGUCUCCCUUUGAAAUAAAAUGGCUGCCUCCUAAUAACAACGAUUUUCACAGCAACAGUGUCAGGGACUGGGUGUUAAACUGAGAAUGAUUGCAUUAUGUUGGUCACCGAAGCCAUUCUUUAUUUGUCAAGCCUUGUGAUCUUCUUUGCCCUUUCUAAUGGGGAUGAAGGAAUUGCUUCUAAAAACCAAGCCAAUAAAUUGCAAAGAAAAAGAUGCCCAUACAAGCUGAGACGUCUGUGGCAAAAUGACAUCAGUUCGUUUCCUUUUGCCGCUCCCCCGCUAGUGGUUGAUGUGGAUGGUGAUGGAGGUUUGGAUGUUGUUGCUGCACCCUUUGGAGAGGCUUUGACUGUGAUUGAGGGAGAGACGGGGAAACACCUCCACGAUACCAGCUGGCCUCAACAUAACUUGGAUAGAUCUGUGCAUUCCUCACCACUACAAUAUGAUGUUGAUGGAGAUGGCCUAUUGGAUCUAUUAUUUGUCACCUCUCAAGCUGAAGGAUUAUUUUACACUGGCAAGGGGCAAUCUCUUCAUCAGUUUACUUUUCAGCUCCAGCCAGCUUAUGUGAAGUCAAACUGGUUUUCAGAAAUUUCCAGUGUUGAUCAUCGGGUUAUCCAUCAGUAUGUUACCAGUAAAUAUCAAUCCCAGCUGGUUCCUGUAGAUGCUCAUGUGUUAAGUACCCCCGUGCUGCAUGAGAUGAGAUUCCUCAUUCUCCCAGUGUCCUAUUUCUUCUCACCUGAUGACUACGAUCUCACAGAAGCUGGUGGCCCAUGGGGAAAAAUUGACACGCGAGAUAAAUACUUCGUCACUGCUCUAGUCGUGUUAGACCUUAAAAAGUUGGCCCUAACCAAGAUGUUGGGGGAGGAUCACGGGCAGAGUCCGGAGUUUUAUACCAACACCAUAUACUUAGAGCUGAAGCAGAACGCAUCACACCUGCUGUUCUCACCUGUUGUUGCUGACAUAGACGGGACUUCCAGCGCACCUGAAAUCGUCAUUGGCACUUCCACAGGGAAUGUUUACGCAGUGUCUCUUGAUGGGAAACACAGGAAGGGCUUCCCCAAAUCUUUGGGGCCUUUGUCGGGAAAAAUAACAGCAGCCAAUAUGAAUGUAAAACCCGGUCUGGAAAUCAUAGCCGUGGAAACGAAUGGACGAGUGCACAGCCUAGACGGUGGUAACGGAGAAAUCCUGUGGACGACUGAGAUCCGAGGCAGUGUGUUUGCCGGCAGUCGUGUGGUAGAUGUGGACGUCGAUGGUCAACUAGACAUUGUUGUGGCCAGUGAUGAAGGGGAUGUGUAUGCUCUUCAUGGCCUGGAUGGAUCCGUGCUGCCAAAUUAUCCCUUCAAGACUGGCAAGCGAAUCAAUGGAAAUGUUCUGGUCACAAAAUUUAAUCUACUGACUGGACCAUUUGACUUGGUGUUUGUCUCAGACGACGGCUUGCUUCACGUCCUGAGCAGUGACCACAGCUGUUACUUUUCAAUGUCACUGGGCGACUCCUCUCUGGUCGAUAUCCUGUCACAUGAUGUCGUGCUGAUGAACCGUGGGAUAGAGUUUUUGGUGGCUACAUCUGACGGUAGUCUCAUCUGUUUGGGAUCAGGGGUGGAGACGCCAGUUGACGAAUUGUAUGAGAUGGAGUUCAGAGUCAACUGGCUGCGACUGGCUUCUCCUUCUGACUCUGACUCUUCCUUUGUCAUGCAUAAGACUGUGGUCAUCAUAGAAGAGAGAACGAGACGUCUCAAGGAGGUCACAGGCAGUUCAUUUGAUCUCUACUGUACAAUAUUUACUGAGUCGAAGGAAACCUUUGAUAUGAAAGUUUACAUGGGCAGUGAACUUGUGAAUGAGAGGGCCAAAGUAACAGGCUCUUCCAACCCUUUGGUUUUGAGGAUUCAAACUCCAGAACAACCAGGUCAAGCUCAGCUCACUGUCGUCAUUUCUGACAAGAAUGGGUUCACUUCAUCUGACGCUGUAUUUCUGAAGUUCAACCAGCUCAUCCUGCUAGACCUGCAGUGGCUUGUCCUUGCUCCCUUCAUCGCUAUGGUCAUCAUCUUACUAGUCAACCACGGCUUCCCAGCAAAAGAUCUUUUACCCGUCACAUUCCCUACAAAAUCAAAAUGAGAAAUGGUUAACCCUUUGAGCCCUACCUUAAACCCCCCCGCCCUCUGAGCCUGCAGUACUUGUACACCUGAGCUCCUGUGGGUCAACUGCUAAGUGCUAGAUAUUCACCAAUGUACACUGAGGCAUGUGUUUGGUGCACUGAAAGGUAAAGGUAGUCACACUCAGGCCUGCACUCAGGUCUCUCUGGGUAUGUUGUCAUGCAAAGUUAUGAUCAAAACACCAUUUUUGCCCUUGUGCGGGGGUCAAAGCUUUGAGUUCUUUGAAAGAAAGGGAGAAAGGAGGAGUGGAUGGAAACAGUUGUAUGCAGUCUGGUUUGUGUAUGUUUAUAAAAUCUUUUUAUUAAAAAUUAAAAAAAAUAAAAAUUAUAUAGGUUAAACUAUAUAUUUUUUUACAGAGUGUGUCACUUAAUUUUGAUAAUCACUCAGUGACAAUAUUGAUUACUGUUGUGCAGCAGCAGUGAAUGAGUUUUCCAGUCUUUGCUGACCCUGCUUAUUUCAUGGAUUUUCAUACAGCUGGACUUAGUGAUCUCAUGUCUUAAAUGACUGUAGUGUUCCUUGAUGUGCUAAAUUGCAAAGUGUAAGGUCCCUUGCAACACUGCAAGAUUAUUUAAGAGGCAGGACCUCCAAAUUUAACAUCCAUCUCCAAAUGGGAAAAUUCAUGUAAAGUACCUUUCCCCAGGACAUAACAUCAGACAAAGCUGAAUCUUGGGCACCUGAACUCGCAAUCUCACGAUUAGGAGUCCAAUAACCUAACCACUAGACUGUACAAUGUUGCAAGGGGUAUUAAACUCUAAUCAUACCAUAUGGAAAAGAUGGUGCUUGUCAUAUCAUAAUGUUCAUUUCAUACUUAAGAUAAAAAGGUAGUUUCCUCAAGGUUCUUUUGAUAACUAAAGUUCUGGCUUCGGUUGCAGAGCUAUCUGCUUGUCCUUUUUUAUGUUUAAGUUUAUGUUUGCUUUUUUAAAAAUCAGGUUUCUAUCAUGUUCUCUCUAGAAUCACUUAUCAUUCCCUUUUUGUUUCCAUGAUGUAUGUUCCAUGUGUAUCAUCUGAAAUGUAAGAUGGCUGAGAAUGCUUUAUGAGUAUUUGAAUAAACAUCUGUCUUUUUAAAAUCUUAAGUGAAUACUUUUUUGUGAAUAUGGUACUCUCACAAAAUAGUAUCUAUCUUUGUAUAACAUAUGAUCCUUUUUUUCCCAUGAAAUAUGUCCCUCCUGAAUGCUGUAUAUAAGUCACUAUGAGCGCAGUUUGCUUAAUUGAGCCUGAAGUUUGGUAUAAAAAUUUGUGGAUGUUUUUGUGGUUGAGUUGUUUUUUUCUUUUCGAUUUUGCUUUUAUUUAAGAUGUUCCUUAAUAAUGAGUACCAUGAAAAAAUGGAGAAAUAAAAAAAAAGUAAAAAUCUAA